UUCCACAAUAACAGUAUUAAUGUGUACAAUUUACGUAAUCAUGGAAUUAAUUAUUUAAAUUGAAUCAAUUUGAAAUAAGACAUACUUUAAACAAUACAAUCCCAAAUUCAUCGGAGAAGCUAGAAGCUUCUUUACACCAUAACUUUCUUUUAUUAUCUGAUACAAGUUUUUCAUAUGAGUUUGGAAGUUAAUGAAAAAACAUGCAAACGAUGCGGUAAGAAUAUGAGUGGAGAAUUACACUCAACGUUGUAUUGUAGUAGGGUUUGUCAGAAGGAAGAUUGGAAAUGUAGCAAAAAUGAAAAUAAUGAAAUAGAUUUUGAUGAACCUUCAUAUACUGUUAUUUCACGCCCUCAAGAAAUCAUGCUGGUCGGAAGAGUUAAACCAAAAGGCACUUUGUUAAAUUCGGAUAUGGUAAACCAAAAAUUAUUUGAUACGUAUUUGAAUACUUCUUUAGAAGUGAAAUUGUGUUCCCACGUAAAUCCUUCAACCUUGAGUUUUGCUACUUCUGCAAGCAAUGAAUAUUUUGCCAGUUUAUAUGUGAUGCAGGACUCUCCGACAGUUAAAAUAACCGUAUAUCAAUUUAAACUUGAUCAAAUAUGUAUUAAUUGGCAAGGUGACUUUCCUUUGAGUGUAGACGAAAAGUAUGUAGCGGUAGUCGAUACUGAUGGAGUUGGAAAGCUAGAACUAGAAGGCUCACUCAUGAACGAUGGUGAAACAUUAUUUCUACAUAUAUCAUCAGAUUAUAGUCAUUGCCUUCAUUUGUUGAUCAAAGACAAAGGCAGUUCUAUGACCUGGGUUCAUCCGGAAAGGAAAGGUCAGCAAUUUAAAUGUAGAGAUUAUCAAUUUAGUGAUGAUGAACGUUAUUUCUUUAUAGUUGGUACAGAAGAAGUGAAUACCGCUCGAACAAUAGAAUCUUAUCCUAUUGAAGCAUAUUCAACGACAAAUUGGGAAUUGGUCAAAAAGUGGAGCGUUGAAUGCGAUUAUAAACGUACGGUGACAAAUGUUAAACUAUUAGGUCCUCUUUAUUUUGACAAAUCAAUAUAUGUUGCAAUAAAAAGCGAUCAUUCGGAGCGCAGCUUAAUUCAAGAUUUGAUAAAUGAUGUUACAAUAACUUUACCAAUCCAAGAUUUUAAUUAUAACUCGUCUCGAAGAGUUUGGGUAUCAAAAGGUGGAAAUAAUCUCGUAGCUCUUCCAACAAAGAAAGGUUCUUUAAAUUAUUGGGAUUUGACAAAUCCGACUUAUCAUCCGUUCCAAGAAUGUACUUUGCUAGGAGUAGAAAGUGAACAGGAUAUCGUCACUUCCAAACAUGAGUACUUGUGCCGUUUUUCUCCUAAUGGAGAAGUUAUUACUGUGAUUUCGGCGAACGAUCGUUUAAUAAAUAUCCAAAUCAUGCUCACAUGGAAUUUUCAAAUUAUUGAUCAUAUAAGUAUCGAUUAUUCCACCUUUAACGGAUACCAGGUUUUGAGCGUUGGUAUGUCAGAAUCAAGUGGUCUCUUGAUUUUUGGUGCGAUAUUUCCUCCUUAUCCCUCUGCAGGCGCUAUUCGAGUAGUAGCUUCAUCGGUCCCUGGAAUAUACGAUUAUGUUAGUAAAGCUGAAAAAUACUUCGACACGAUAUCAAAAGGAAUUUCCGCAGUUGAUUGUGAACUUUUUGCAAGUUGGGAAGUCAUGGCAGCGUACAAUAAAUUAUCGGUUACACCAAAGAGUACAUCUCCUGACCAAAGUCCUGUUAACGACAUAGUUCGAGAUAAUGUAUAUGAACUUAUGUUUUUAUCAAAUAAUUGUUAUGAUCCCGGAACGUCAUUAGAGUCGGAUGCCGCUGAAAAAGUGAUACAUCUUCUCUCAUUCUCUUAUCCUUGGAACGAGGCGUGCAAAGUCCAUGUUUUUGCAGUAAAAUGCAAUCACACUCUCACAAUAAUUGCAGUAAGAUUUGUAAAACGUCAUGGUAUGCCAGGAGAUUUUACGGAAAUGUGUAUACGAAUACUUUACACUGAUCACAACAUAUUUGGUUCAAGUCUUACACUUGAAAUUGCGAAAUGCAAGGAUCAUUAUUUUCUCACAAUAGAACACAAGUCUGAAUUACGAACGUACUCUGGGAUUCUUCACGCUACCAAGACAUCAAUAGUCAUUACAGAUUUCAAUAUUAAGUGUGAUGCUAAGUACGACAUAUUCGCAAUAUCUGAUUCUCGUAAUAUAACUUUACCUAAUGAUUGGUUUGUUUCGCCUAAUAAUAUUAUUACGAGUUCAUCCACCUUUUGUGGUUAUAUACCUAACUUUGGACAAGAUGGUAAUAAUGGUCUUUUACGUUUUGGAAGUAGGAAAAGGAGUGUUUAUAGCGCCCCAAAAUUGGAAAUAUGGUUAAUUUACAAUCACCGUGAUCGAGAAUCUGAUAAUGUUCUCGAUGAACAGUUCAUUAAUAUCGUGUCUAAUAAUUAUGAUUCCAUAUUUGAAGAUAUGAAUUACGAUAAUAAUGAUUGGCUUUUUCCGUGCGUAUUUGCAGGUGCAAUGAAUGUUGACGCAAUUUCGAAUAGUAACCUUCUUACCGAUGAAUUUCUCAAACAGUAUCAUCAAUCAAAAGAACUAGUCAUGAAAAAUACAAUGACCAUCACUUAUUGUAUUUCAGCUGUUUGUCGGAUUCAACCAACCGGAGUCCGGUCUUUUUUAAACUACAUUGCUUUAUGGGAUAUGGAUGUUGAAGAUAGAAUAGUAAAUGUACGCAGUAUUGAUGAAUCGAAAAAAAAUGAAAAUUUUAUAAAAAAAAAAUUUGAGAUUAUACGUGAAAGCGAUAAAUUUAUAGAAAUUACAAAUUUCAUAAGAAAAAUAUUGAAGAAUAUUUCUAAAAACGAAACCUUGAUGGGAAUUGUAAAUUUUAUAAGAUGGAGACUCAACCCAUCUUUACUAUACGACAUGUUUUCACUAAUGAAAUAUCAAAGAUCAAAUCAAACAACAUAUUCAACCGUUACAAAAUAUACUUUGCCUCUUGCUGGAUUUUGUUCGUAUAAGAAUGAAGUUUUUAAGCUUCCAAAAUGGAAUUACAAAUUAGACUCGCGACAUAACUCUUUACAUCAAAUGGCCAUGCUUUCUCUCGGUCAAGUUACUACAUUGAUUUCCAAUCAGGCAAAACCACAUCAUUCAUUUGCAGAGAGUCCGUUCUCUUGUUUAAUUGAUGAGAUUCUGGAUAUAAAAGAUGAGGAUCUGAUGCUCGACUUUUUCGAAAUAAUCUGGCUUAAAAAGUUACUGAAUUGGAAGCUCGAUACUUUCGCAAAGAGGAGGUAUUUAGAGCGUCUAUUGAUACCAAUGCUUAUAAAUUUAUUGAUGCAUUUAUUGAGUGGGAUUUUAAUGACGCAAGGCAAUGUAUAUGGUGCGAAAGUUACCGCAUCUUUACAAUUAAUUGUCAUCAUAUACCUUGGACUACAUGAAUCAAUACAAUUAGCAACCAGACCAAAAUAUUGGAAAUCAUUUAUUAACUACAUUGAUCUUACCGCUAUUAUAUUAGCUUUUAUAAUGAUAAUUAGAGUAUUAAGCGAUAAACCACCAUCAGGAGAAUUUAUUGGAUUUUCGACCGCCAUUAUAUGGGCAGACAUGAUAUUACAAUUUCGUUUUUAUAAACCAGUAGGCGUUCUGCUGAUUGUAUUAAAAGAUAUGGUCAAAGAAAUUUUUGGAUUUUUGAUAUUAUUGACCACUCUACUUUUUGGCUUCGCAUUUAUGCCUUUCUUCAUACUUCGUAAUGAAACAAGUAAUUCUGAUAGUAAAACAAAUAGCUUUGUAAAUUUUGGAUCAGCUUUAGUGGAAAUGAUAAAAUUUCUCGGGAACGAUUUUGACUCUCUUAAACCAUGGGAUGAUAGAGCCUCAAUUCAAUUUUUCCGAAUUUUGUUUAUAAUCCUGAUAUCUUUAUUAUUUCUCAGUAUGCUCAUUGUAUUAUUGAAUUUGCAUGUCAAAUCUAUAACUAAGAAGGGUCAAAUUAAAUGGCUCAAACAAGUCUCCGAAAUGAUUGUCGAUAUUGAAAAAUACCUAUUAACGCCUUGGGAACGAAACCGUGUUGACUGGUUUCCGACAUGGUUUACAUACAAUGUUACCGAAGCGGAAAGUGCAGAAUGGGAAAAGAUGAUAGAACUGAAGGAGAAAGAAUGGCCAUUUAAUGAAUCUAAAGAUUCUAAAGAUUCUAAAGAUGAUAAGACAAAAAAUAAAAUAGAGACUUUAGAACAAUCCCUUGAUGAAAUCAAAUUAAUACUUGAACAAUUGCGUGUCGAGGCUCGUGAGAAGAAUGAAAAUCAUUCUUAGAAUGGUAUAUAUUUUUUUUAAAUAUUAUAUAAUUUAAUGUAUAUAUAUAUAUAUUUUAAUGUAAUUAAUAAAAACA